AUGGCGUUGUUGUUUGUUUCGUUGGCGCUUCUUUUCGCAUCUUCCCAAGCUAAAUAUCUGCAUGAGCCGCUGACGAAGGAGGCCAUCGAUUACAUCAACUCCUUCACUUCGUGGAAGGCUGACCCAGAUUACGCCAGCUAUGAUGUUGAGCAUUUCAAGGGCCUUUGCGGCGUUCCACUCGACGAUAAAAUUCCCCCAAGACCUAAAAAGCUAGGGCUGUUAAAAGGUUGGUUUAUUUAAACGUUAAGCAAGGGUUAAGUAAGCUUACAUUUUGCAUCUACUUUGAUGACCAGUUAAAAUAAUUCGGCAUUUUCAGGAGCUCCGAUCAUAUCUGACACUGGAUCAUUUUUGUUAAAGGGGUUUCUUUUGUACACCGGUUGCGCAAAUUACGUUUAUGGUUUUAUAGAAAUAUGGCAUGAAUGCCUCCACAAAAUAUUGAGCGGACGAAAGGUUAGCUAGGUGUAGGGAUUGAGGUGCAAGCGUUUGAUCUCCAAUGCCAGAUCUUACCUUACAUGCAUGCAUGACAAAAUUAUUUUCGCUUAGUCAUAGUCGUGGGUCACCAAAUCAGGAAUGAAGUCAUGUGACUUUCUGACUAUUAAACAUCACGUGAUUGUCAUUGUUUACAAAAUACAUGAGAAAUUUCCUUUCUUAAAAUGUCUAUACUGGCCUCUAUGCGGUUGUACAAACUCAGUGGGCUUUCUUAGAAUAUUUGACUGAUACAUGAAUUUUAGUUCACCCAAACUGACCCCCUCUUAAAUAUUCACUUUUAAAUUAAAUGCAACGAUACAAAAGCACGAUAUAAUCUAACUUCUAAAAUAAUACACUCACCUUUAAAUUCAAAAAUGUCGGAAAAUGGUUGAUCUGCUUCAUGCCAUUGUCUAAACUUGUUUUAAUUCAAGAUAAUUUUUGGCUAAAAUCAGGCAAAGGUUUGGUAGUCGAGGAGCCUGUAUUACUACCAUUAAAGCUUUUUCUUAAGAAAGUCAGCCUUUCCCUGUCGCUUGUGUCUCCCGCUUCAUGCCCACCUCACGCUUACCUUCCUGCACCUAAAAACCUGAAGUCUAUUCUGCAGGGUAUAGACACUGGGACUCAUCUGCGAGUAAACCCUUCAUCAAUUCACAUCACACUCUCUUGAAGAAAGGUCCUUUUUAAGUCCUUAAGUCACAACCAUUUCCUUAAUUUUUAACAAAUGGAGAAAAAGAAAAUUUGGUCGCCUGAGGAAUUUGAGCAUGACCUGGCACUACUAAUUUUAGAGAUAAAACAACUAGUUUCUUGCCCCUUCAAUCAAUAGCUGUCAUCAUAAAAUUAUACAUUUUUCCCAAGGAAAAAAUGCUCCUUUUUGGUGGAAGCAUACAACGCAGUUCAUAAUGUUUCCACACAUUUGCCACUCGUUUAUGAGAUAGGAGAACUAAUAUAUAACAUUUUGGUAAAAUGAGUUUGAACAUGGCAUGAAGUAGAUCAACCAUCUUCCACCAUUAAUUUUUAGAAUUUGAAGGUAAGUGUAUUAAUUUGAAAGUUAGAUUAUCUCUUUUUAGUUUAAUUUAUAAUUUCCAGUGAAUUUAAGAGGGGGUCAGUUUUGUCCUAGGCCAUGAAUUUACAUUAGGUCCCUCUCCAGAGACAGAGGGUGCAAAACGUGCAUUUUGUCCUUGUUAAGGUAAAAUUCUGACAAGUGACAUGGCCUUGAAACAGUGACAUGCGAAAGACCAAAUGGCCACAGACAUAAAUUUAGAUGAGUUGAAACUGCUUCAGCAAAAAGAACACUGCAAAUGCAGCAGUAUUAAAAUACCAAUAGAGAUGUAACUUUCUCAUAAAUUAGGUGAAACAAAAAAAUGUAGAAUUCAGACCACACACCCCCACUCUCAAAGAGGUUAGGGCCUCCUUAAGGCACAAUAAUUACGCUACAAAAAACUGAGUCUGUACCAGUCAAAAAAGGUGGUAUGGCACUUCUAACUUUUGUUAAGAAAUACUGAAGUUUUCACAAAUCAUCAGAACCAUAGGACCGACCUCUUUUUUGACUGGUCCAAACCCAGUUUUUCUGACUUGGGAAAUGAUGGACCUCAGUUAUACUGUUUCUUUUGAUCGAGUCUGAACUGUAAAAUAUACUUAACACUUUUUGCUUUGUUUUAUUUAGAAAAGACAGAGUAUGAAUCUGUCAAGAUUCCAACUGAAUUUGAUUCAAGACAGCAGUGGUCAGAGUGCAAAUCCCUUAAUGAAAUUCGUGAUCAGGGUUCCUGUGGAAGCUGCUGGGUGAGUUAUUAUGUUUGCUGUAGUUGGCAAAUGCGUUUUUAAAAAAGCCCCAGUAUCCAUGUACGAAUUCUCCAUACCGAUCUCCUUACAUUUCCUUACAAAAUUAGUCGAGAGAAUUGACAAAAGAUUGAAGCAUUUCCCUUUGAUGAUUGUUUUAUUGAUUCUUAUUACCUUUUCUGUUGUUUUUUUAUCGAUAUUGUGAGGAGAUUAUUGAUGUUGGUCACACUAGGGACUUAUUUAAGGGGUUAAGAAAGCCUUAUUAUUCUUUUAUACCAAUGAAACAUGAAGGGAGACUGCAAACCAUGGAAGAAGACAAAUUGGUGGACUAAUGCCGUGCAGUAAGAGAAAUUGAAGGGAGCCCAGUGCUCUGAAUUUGUGAAAUUCAGGGUACCCAGAAGUUAAUUUCUUGAGAAAAAACUAAGCUUUUCUAGUCGCCGGCAGGAGCCAGGAAGUCCACCAGUUGCCAGGGUUCAGCAGUGCCGCUAGAGCACUGCCAUGAGGACACUUGUCUGGAAUCAGUUUUAGGAAACAAAAUUGCAAUGAUGCAGACAAAGGAAUGUUGCAGAAAUUUGCCAGCUUAGCUCAAGAGAAUUUCCAGCUGUUCAAAAGAUUGUUAGUUAAUGAAACAGGCACUCUGUAGACUGUGAAUGUUUCUCAUGCAUGACAUUUGAUUUUCUCUCAUAACAUAAGCAGGUUAGGUUACUUGUGUUAUUUGUCAGUCUAAAAAGGUAAACACACAUGGUCCUACAGCUGUAGUACUAGCUAUAGCAUAUCAAUAUUGCACCUAAUAUGCACUGCAUUUUACCAGGCAUUUGGAGCUGUAGAGGCAAUGACAGACAGGAUCUGCAUCGCAUCUGGUGGCAAACUGACACCCCAUAUUUCUGCAGAGGAUUUGCUUUCAUGCUGCUCUUCAUGUGGAAUGGGGUCAGUACAUAGUUAAUAAUACUAUAUAUAUAUACCUUCACUAAUGUACACCAGUCCCUUAAGCUAGAAUCUUCUUAAUUAAGCCCUUUUCAAACAAGAGGUGGCCCUGCCCGGACAUUGUACAUCUUAAUCAUCAUCAAUUGUCAACUGCAGAGUAGACAACUGUAGAGCCUUUGUGCAGCGGUGAUGUUGGAGGAGUAAACAAUUAAAAAAUUAAUAUUUGCAUGAAAAUGAAAUUUUUUUCCAAAGGAAAAUCGUUUUAUUGUUUUACUCCUCCAACAUGGCUCUAUAUACUUGUAAUGUAUCACCCGCCCCAAUGAAAUAUGUUUUAGAAAAAUUAAUUCACUGUCCCUUUUCACAUUCGUAUUUUGAUAUCUUCAAUUAACUUCCCACAGUGGCCAAAAACCUGGAUUGAAUCAAGUCAUGCAAUAUCCUGUUCUAUAGGCAUUCAGGUAGUGGAGUGUGACAUGAAGUCAGACUCAGUGGGCAAGAAAAACCCCCCUUGCAGUUUUUCCGGUGCUAACAUCUCCUUGCUCAUCCUCUUAUUCUGAAUGCCUGGCACCUGGAACAGGCUAGUCAGGAAAUGACAAUUAUUUUUUUAGAACUUACGGGUAGUGGUUUGUUGGUGCUGGCUUCCCAAGACAUGUACACAAAGAUUUGGAACAUGAAGUAAUAUGAAAAUAAGGAUAUUAUCAUAGAAAGGACUUCAUAAUUUGCGUAAAAAUCAGAUUAAGGGAGAUUACAAAAAAAUAACGUUGUUUUCAGUCUAAGGGACAGUAUUUUACUGAAGUCAUUAGUAUCCUUUCUUGUUUAACAGAUGUAAUGGUGGAUUUCCAGAGGCUGCUUGGUGAGUCAUAAUCAGGCCAUAAUGGAAAAUAAUUCAUUGCCUCUUACAUAAGAGGUUUACUACAUUUGAUGCAAACUUUCUAUUAAAACACAUGUCAAUUUAGCUUAGACACAACCCUUAGAUCACCUAAUAUAACACCAGUUUUUAAUUAAAGACAUGUAGCCAAGAUUAGGAAGCCUCAUAUAUAUAGUUAUGAACUUAAUGUUUCCUUGUAUAAAAAAUGCUGAUGUUCAAAACAGCUUGUAAAUUAGGCUCUUUUCCUUGAUGCCUUUCUUGAUGUCUCUAAAAUACAAGCUGAAAAUACACUCGAGAUGUUUUCCCUUUUAUGCAUAAAUACUACCAAGUCAGGUUGUUUCAUGAUUUUGAUGUGAUCAGUCAUUAUCCAAGUUCACUAGUCUGAUUUAGCAGUCUACUGCAAACUUACUAAUGGCAAGUCAGGUUGACUACUGUUAUGAUGAGUAAUUACAGCUGUAUAAUAAGUAAACGUCAGUUUGACUUCUGACACAUGAAGGACACUUUCCCUGUCCCGCACGUUUUAGUAAUGCACAAAUUCAAAUAGCUCAAAGCCCUACUGAAUAUAGCAUUUUUGGACAGCCGAUGAAGCUUUAAAAACAAAAAUGAACAAAGCGGAUCUGAAUCUACCAAUUUCAAGCCACGGAUAGUGCUUAGUUUUUAGAGACAUUGGGUCUGCGAAGGUGAUAAACGGCAGCAAAGCACAGAACUGUUGAUAGGGAAGAGUUUCCGUGUGACUGAAAGGAACAGUAAACAAAUUGAUAGCAACUUCAAAUCUGUUUGUUGAGUUGAUUUGGAGGUUAAUUAGAAUACCUGACUCAGGUCAUAAAAUGUGUUGGGCAACCCUUGGGUUCCGUAUGCUUUUGUUUUAAGCUUCUUCUUUUUUUUCCUCAGGAAUUAUUGGGUAAAAAGUGGUAUCGUUACAGGAGGCCAAUAUGAUUCACACAAAGGUUGUGAACCAUAUGAGGUGGAA